AUGCCUGGUUUAGAUAAGAAAGAAGCUCUCAAGAUUUUCAUCACCGCCGCCAUGGUCGUCGCCGUUGUCAUUGUCAUCCUCGCCAUCGAGACUAGACGGCUUGUCAAGGCCUUGCUGUUUCUCGGCCAGCAUUUCGUUGUUGCGACGGAUGAACUGCUGCCAUCUCGCCCAAGUGGCAGCUGCGCCACCGGCGUUCCACUUCCGGAAGCCAAAGAAUCCGAGUCCCUCGGGAUCCUACUCCUCGAAGAACCCAUCGCUAUCGCUAUCCGAGUCGACCACAACGUCGCCGUCGGGGUUUCGGUCGCGCAUCUUCUCGAGGGCCCGAGGACCCCGGGCGAGAGCCUCCUCAAUCUCCUUCCACAUGGGAGGUCGCUCGGCGUCGAGGGCGGCCUUGGCGGUGGGGGUAGUAGACUCGUCGGCGGCCGAGCCCUUUUGGGGUACAGGCUGACGUAG